GCAUAACAUAAUUUUUUUAAUAAAAGUGGAACAAAUCAAAGAUAAACAUGUCCUUAAAUUGCAGAAGUUUGGAAAGAGACUGUUUUACUUCGAUACUUGUACUAGCUCUGAAAAUUUCCUCCUGAAGCUUCAAAUUUGUGAAAAUGGCGGAUUUUGAAACCCUAGCAGCUGCUCCAUCAACUGGCCUAGAAGAAGACACCAAGACAAACGAAGAGUUGAUGCCCGACGCUAAGAACCCUAGUGAAGGCUCGGACUCUGACUCGGAAUCUGAAUCGGACUCCGACUCCGAAGAUGAAUCCAAAGAGAAGGCUCAAAUUGCAGCACUAGAAACACAGCUCUACAAUAAUCCAUCGGAUUAUGAUUCUCAUGUCCAAUAUAUAAAAGCUCUGCGGAAGCAAGGGGACAUAGAGAAGCUGAGUCAAGCAAGGGAAGCAAUGAGUUUGUUAUUCCCAUUGACUCCUGAAAUGUGGCGGGAAUGGGCUAAAGAUCAAACUACCAUUAGCUCCUCGGUAGAAGCAUUUCCUCAGAUCGAAAAGCUGUAUGAACAAGGAGUAUCUGAUUAUAUGUCUGUUGACCUUUGGUGUGACUACUUAAAUUUUGUCCAAGAACAUGAUCCAUCUGUCAGAGAAUGUUCUGCUGUGGGCAUCUCGAAAGCAAGAAAUCUGUUUGAGCGUGCACUUACUGCCGCUGGCUUGCAUGUUGCUGGAGGUCAUCGUAUAUGGGAACUAUACAGGGAAUUUGAAGAAGCAAUUAUUUUUAUUAUUGACGAAACUGACUCUGGGGCAAAAGAAAAGCAGAUUCAGCGCGUGCGAAAUUUAUUUCAUCGUCAGUUGUCUAUUCCCCAUACCGACCUAAAAUCAACACUUGUUGCUUACAAGGCAUGGGAAGCUGAUCAUGGGCGUCUCAAUAAUGUUAACAGUAAUGAAUCAGAUGACCUUCCAUCUCAUGUUGUCUCUGUAUAUCAAAAGGCAUUGGAGAUGCUGAAUGACCGUGCUCAUCUAGAAGAAAAUAUUUCCAAGAACAAUACAGACUCUGAAAAACUUCAAGACUUCAUGACUUACUUGAAAUUUGAGCACUCAUCUGGAGAUCCAGCCCGUAUACAGAUCUUGUAUGAACGUGCUAUAUCCGUGUUUCCUGUAUCUGCUGAUCUAUGGCUUGACUAUACGCAGUACCUGGAUAAAACAUUCAAGACAGCCAGAAUUGUGAGGGACAGUUAUUAUAGGGCCACAAGAAACUGUCCCUGGGUAGGUGAACUGUGGGUUCGCUACUUACUUGCCCUGGAACGUAGUCAUGCUUCUGAGGAAGAGUUAUCAACAGUAUUUGAACGAUCGCUGCUGUGCACUUUUUCAGGCUUUGAUGAGUACCUAAAUGUAUUUCUCACAAGAGCAGAUGGGUUAAGGCGGAGAAUGUCUUCAUCUACAGCUGUGAAGGAUGAGAUGGAUUAUGCAGUUUUAAGGGCUAUAUUUCAGCGUGCAUCAGAUUUCCUGUCCCCACAUCUAAAGAACACAGAAAGUUUACUUCGCAUACAAAGUUAUUGGGCCCGAUUGGAGUUAAAGUAUGGAAAAGAUUUGACUGCAGCUCGUGGUGUCUGGGAGAGCUUGGUUAAAAUAUGUGGGUCUAUGGUGGAAGCUUGGCAAGCUUAUAUAGCAUGGGAGAUUGAGAUGGGCAAUAUAAAUGAAGGCAGAUCCCUUUACAAACGAUGCUAUAGUAAGAGAUUCCCAGGAACAGGCUCAGAGGACAUUUGCCAUUCAUGGCUGCGAUUUGAGAGAGAAUAUGGUUCGCUAGAAGAGUUUGAUAUUGCUGUUCAAAAGGUGUCUCCUCGUCUUCACGAGUUGCAGCUGUUUAGGUUGCAGCAGGAGAGCAAAAAUAUAGUUCCAGCUACAAAUGAGAGAGAAAAUCCUUCCAGGAAAAAUGCCCGUGAAAAGAGGAAGCUAACUUCACAUUCAACUGAAGAACAGGCGCCAGCUAAGCAUCACAAACAUAUGGCUCAAAACUCAGACAAAAAAGCAGAGAAUGAUAAAGGUCAAGCAAGGCAAUCAGCUGAACCAAGUGAAGCUGCUGAAUUAGAUAACAAAAAUGCAGAACGUGCUAGCAACCCAGAAAUACAGGAUAAAUCCUCUAAAAAACCUGUCCAAUUUAAUGAUCAAUGCACUGCCUUCGUUUCCAAUCUGAGCCUCCAGGCAACUGCUGACGAUCUGCAUAAUUUCUUUGCUGAUGUUGGUGGAGUUGUAGCUGUUCGGAUUUUAAAGGACAAAUUUACCAGAAAAUCAAGAGGGUUAGCAUAUGUGGAUUUCUCAGACGAUCCACACCUUGCUGCGGCUUUGCAGAAAAACAGACAAAUCUUUAUGGGUAAGAAAUUAAGCAUUUUGAAAUCAGAUCCUCAGCAAGGCAGGAAGAAAGAAGUUUCUGGACGUAGUGUCAGAGGAGAACAUGCCAGAACAGAUACACGAGAGACCCCGAAGGGAAAAAUGGACGUUCAGCCACAAUCUCCCACUUCUAAGCAUGUUGAUGUGCAGCUGAAGGGGAGGAACACAUUUGCAGUACCAAGAAACGUGAAACCUCUCGGUUGGAGCAGUCGAAGCAAACCACAAUCUGAUGCACUUAACGAACAGGAGGACGGGAACCCAAAAUCCAACGACGAGUUCAGGAAGAUGCUUAUGAAAACAUGAAGGUCAAAUAUGCAACUGGCUAUGCUUAUUGUAAUCGAUUAAAAAAUUGGCUUGCUUGAAGAUCUUUUCUAAUGGGGCGCACAUUGAAUAUCUUUAUCAGCUUGUUGCUUCAACAUAUGGUAUCAAAGCAGUGUUUGUUUACUGAUAUAUUCAGUUGGACAAGGCCUAUGUGCCUUAUGUAAUGUUGUCGAGAUCCUAUUUGUUCAAGUUAGGGAGCUACAGUACAUAUUUUUGGCACAUUGGACUUGGUUGAAGCUUAUAGUUAUAUGAUAUAAUGCAGAGACCAGAGUAUACGAAAA